AUGGAAUUCAUCGAAGGCUGCACCCUGGAUGCCCAAUGGGCAGAUUUGUCCCAAUGCCAGAAAUCUGAGAUUACGCUGAUCCUUAAAACAAUACUUCGACGAAUUGCGCAGCCUCCCCUUCCCCUGGGUUCUACGGCUGUAGUUAUCGGAAGGGAUCAGCUCCUGCAUGCUUUGAAAUUUAUCGAAGAAUCUGAAACCCGUUCCACCUACAAGGCUGACCUCUAUCGUCUAUCGCUAUCUAUGUUUUCCGCGACAACGAAUCGAAAUUUACACAUGGGGACUGCCAGCGGAAGGAUGUCAUCGUCAAGCAACUUCCCGACAAUGGAAAUCAGAAACAAUAUGAAGUGA